UCGGCGGUCGUGAGCUGCUAUCCCUGAUUUUGUUAUUCCGAUGUCGUAAAGGCAUAUGUGAAUAAUUAGGGUAAUAAGGUGAUAAUUAGGAUAAUAAAAACCGAACGAGAACGUCAAUGCGAUGGCAGUAUGCGAUAUAUUAGACCCAACUUAUCUAUCGCUGAUUGAGUCAAUUAUUGAGAAUGAAUCUCAUUUUCUAUCCGAUGAGAGUGAAGCGGGCCAGAGAUUGCACUUUGGCCUUGGAGCUUUGAAGGAUGGACUGCAGCAAGUGGCAAGUCUUGUGAAGCCAGUGCGGGAAGUAGCUCCGUCAUUUGACUUCUCCCCUGAAGUGCCAGGCAACGGCUUCCGCAGCCUCUGCCACGUGUGUGAUGCUGCGCUGCAAAGCGUGCACACUCUCAUCUCCAAGCUCGCCUCCAGCAGGGGUCGUAUGGUCUUCCGUAAAUCUCAUUAUGUUAGAGAGGUGGAAGCCUGGGCUCAGGCCCUAGGUGCACUAGUGACGGUGCUGCAGUUCACUGUCGAGUCCCUCCUGCCGCAGUGCACCGCUCCUGAUGGUGACCUCAUCACCAUUCACUGCACCAGCAACCCUGAGCAACUCAUCACCAUGCUCACCAACGUGCCCCUGCACGCCUUCUAUGGCCGCUGCCUUGGCUUCCAUUAUGUGCCGUCACUAUCCAGAACUUUCCACUUACUGUCACUGAGUCUGAGCGCCUUCAGUGAAGCGUAUUACAGCGACGGUAACUUCUGGACCAGAACAAAGCAAAGUAUUGUGGCCGGUAGCCAGUAUGUGGUGAGCCCCGAGCAGCGAGCGAGGCGGUUGGUGACUGUGAUGCAGUACGCCGGCAUCACCUUCAUCAAGGCCUUCUGGGACCUGGCCGAGACCGGUCUGUGUGAUGUAUAUUAUGUGUGGGACCUGGCCGAGACCGGUCUGUGUGGUGUCUGUCCUGGGGCAGACUCCCCGCGGCGUGGGGGGGAGGUGCGGCCCCCGUCGCCGGGGCUACUGCUGCACUGUCAUGGGGGAGGCUUCGUGGCGCAGAGCACCAAGAGUCAAGAGAUAUUCCUGAGGGAGUGGGCGGUGGGGUGCGGGGUGCCCCUGUUGUCCGUGGACUACUCCCUCGCCCCUGCCGCCCCCUACCCCCGCCCCCUCGAGGAGGUCCUCAUGGUAUACUGCUGGGCCCUGAACCAUCUGGACCUGCUGGGUACCACGGGACGUACCAUCGUCCUUACUGCUUAUGCCGGCCACGAAAAAGUUGACAUCGCCAGUCCCGACUCAGAUAGGCCUGGCCGGCCUAGUGGUCCUAAAGAAAAUUCUUCUUCAAACGACACCGAAGCUGGAGAAAUCCUAACCAAAGUCGACAAUACCAAGAUUUUCAACUGUAGUCCCGCAACUUCCGGUUGCAAUCCCGCAAGUUCCGGCUGCAAUCCCGCAACUUCCGACUGUAAUAUCGCAACUUCCGGCUGCAAUCCCGCAACUUCCGGCUGCAAUCACACAACUUCCGGCUACAAUCCCGCAACUUCCGGCUACAAUCCCGCAACUUCUGGCUGCAAUCCCGCAACUUCCGGCUGCAAUCCCGCAACUUCCGGCCCCGGUUCCGGCCCCGGUUCCGGCCCCGGUUCCGGCCCCGCUCCCCACUUCUCCUUCACGAAAGACCCGACAGCGGUUCGUGCGGUUCCCGACUUUCAAUGCACCGCUUCAAUUUUCGACGACGAAUCCUCGGCCAAAUCGGCGCGACCGCCGUUUUUUAACAACGAAUCUAAUUUCUUGUCGGCCGCUGACUCAGCUGAUUCAGCUGAACUACUCAGUGCCGGUAAACUGUGUCUUCUGAGUCCAUCAGUUAUGAGUGAGGCUGGGUCUGAUACGUUGACCACCGUGUCUCUUACCUCGGAUGUAUCACGUAUACCGCGUGUAGGAGAUACGUUGCAAGAAGCCGUGGAUAAGGAAACACGGUCACGACAAUACGUGUCCGAGUUCCUGGAUAAAUACGUCAGGAACAGGGAGCGCGACGCUGACGUUCUGUCAGGCGGGGAGGAGGAGAGCAGCGACACACCCUCCCCGUCCGCCAGCUCGGCGGCCACUGAGCUCGAGGGUGCCAACUACCCUCCUUAUUACUACGGCCGCGCCCUCUCUCAGAAACUGGGCGCAGCCAAGAAUGCGGUGGUGUCUGGUCUGGCGGUUGGUCUGUCGGUUGGUCUGUCGUCCGUGGGUCUACCCUCAAGUCUGUGCGGUCUACAGACCCCCUCACACCCCCCCUCUUGCAUCCCCCCGCCCCUCGGGGAUGAGGAUGAUGUGCCCUACGGGGGGGCGGUGACCUCCCACACCCCCCCUUCUGAAGAGCGCCCCCCCGGGGGGCAAAAUGAAGAACCGUAA